GUUUUCAUUACAAGCAGCUCCAUCAAAACGAUUUCUAGAACAUUAAACUUCCACGGCCCUUACAAUAUUGGUGAAGUCCUCAAAAGUAUAUACUAUCUGAUUUCACUUUGCUUAGAACAGCUAAGCAAAUUCAACAGGGAGAGAAAGGGGAGGAGGGAGAGAGUCAGAGUGAGUGAGAGAGAGAUAGACAUAGAGUCAGUCAAGCUCCAUGUCUCACUCAGAGCUUGUUGUCUUUCUCCUUCCAUCGAUUUUAUCACUACUCUUGCUCUUCAUUCUCGUGCAAAGAAAGCAAGUAAGAUUUAAUCUCCCACCAGGCAACAUGGGGUGGCCAUUUCUUGGAGAAACCAUUGGCUACCUGAAGCCUUACUCUGCUACUUCAAUAGGAGAAUUCAUGGAACAGCACAUAUCAAGGUAUGGAAAGAUUUACAAGUCCAAUUUGUUUGGGGAGCCAACAAUAGUAUCCGCAGAUGCUGGACUUAACAGAUUUAUACUACAGAAUGAGGGAAGAUUAUUUGAAUGCAGCUAUCCAAAAAGUAUUGGUGGAAUUCUUGGAAAAUGGUCCAUGUUGGUUCUUGUUGGAGACAUGCAUAGAGACAUGAGGAUUAUAUCUCUUAACUUUUUGAGCCAUGCCAGGUUAAGAACUCAUCUAUUGAAAGAAGUGGAGAAGCAAACCCUGCUUGUUCUUAGCUCUUGGAAGGAGAAUUGUACAUUUUCAGCUCAAGAUGAAGCAAAGAAGUUUACCUUCAAUUUGAUGGCAAAACAUAUCAUGAGCUUGGAUCCUGGAAAGCCAGAGACUGAGCAGCUGAAAAAAGAGUAUGUUACUUUCAUGAAAGGAGUAGUUUCAGCUCCUAUAAAUUUGCCUGGAACCCCAUAUAGAAAAGCCUUGAAGUCUCGAUCAAUCAUCUUGAAAUUUAUAGAGCGAAAGAUGGAGGAGAGAAUUGCUGAAACGAAGGGUGGAGUAGAAAACUUGGAAGACGAUGAUCUUCUUGGAUGGGUCUUGAAGCAUUCAAAUCUUUCUACGGAGCAAAUCCUUGACUUAAUCUUAAGCUUGCUCUUUGCUGGCCACGAAACUUCUUCUGUGUCCAUAGCUCUAGCCAUCUACUUCUUGCAAGCUUGUCCUGGUGCUAUUCAACAGUUAAAAGAAGAACAUAUUCAAAUCUCCAGAGCCAAGAAACGGUCAGGAGAGACGGAAUUGAACUGGGAUGAUUACAAAAAAAUGGAAUUCACCCAAUGCGUUAUAAGCGAGACACUGAGGCUUGGAAACGUAGUCAGGUUUCUUCACAGAAAAGCUCUAAAAGAUGUUCGGUACAAAGGGUACGACAUUCCAUGUGGAUGGAAAGUGCUACCAGUGAUCUCAGCCGUCCAUUUAGAUUCAACUCUUUUCGACCAACCUCAACACUUCAAUCCAUGGAGAUGGCAGCAUAACAAUGCUCGUGGUGCUUCUACAAGUUCGAGUGGGACGACGAGUAGUAAUUACUUCAUGCCAUUUGGGGGAGGACCGCGACUUUGUGCAGGAUCGGAAUUGGCAAAACUAGAAAUGGCCGUGUUCAUCCACCAUUUGGUCCUCAACUUCCACUGGGAACUGGUUGAUACCGAUCAAGCCUUUGCCUUUCCUUUUGUCGAUUUUCCCAAGGGCUUGCCCAUAAGAGUCAAGCACCUACUCACAGUUACAUGAUAAAGGACAGCAGCAGCUAGCAUGCAUAUAUGCCAUCAAUUCUUCAAUGGAGACCACUCUAUUCCUCAUCCUAGCUCUGCGUUCCCAUAUGCAUAUAUAUAUGUUGGAUAUAUAUACAAAACGAAGUUCUUGAUCUCUGUACGUGAAGCUUUGAGCACCACUGGAUUGUUCCAACGGCUUAGUAAGUCUCUUUGGGCGUUUGAUGAUAUACCAGCUGAUAUCUGUGAACAAAUCGAUGUGUACACCCCAAGAUAAUAUUAUAGGACCACAACCCUCUACCUUCCCCGCAUUGUAAAUCCUACUUUUACCCUAGGUCCCUCCAUGUUGGGACUCAGGAGUAAUUAUUCAUUCAUAUAGCUUGUCAUAUGGUUUUUUCUUCAAUAUAAUUCACUUUAUUACUAUCA